AUGACAUUGAAAUCAGCGUAUGAAGUCUGGGAAUUUUUUAAAGAGUACGAAGGAGAUGAAAGGAUCAAAGGAAUGAAAGUUAUGAACCUUCUGAGAGAGUUUGAGCUUCAAAGGAUGAAGGAAUCUGAAACUGUGAAAGAGUACUCUGACCGAUUGCUCGUAAUUGCAAACAAAGUAAGACUUCUUGGUUCUCAACUUUCAGAUUCUCGAAUAGUUCAAAAAAUUAUAGUAACUGUUCCUGAAAGGUUUGAAGCCACUAUAUCUCCACUUGAAAAUACUAAAGAUAUGUCAAGAAUGAGCUUGACAGAAUUGACGCAAGCAUUGCAAUCACAAAAGCAAAUAAGGUUGAUGAGAUCUGAAGAAUCAGUUGAAGGGGCAUUAGUUGCAAAAAAUCAGAGUACUCAAGCUAAGAAAGGAAAUUCAAAUUUUGAUUCUCACAAUACACUAAAGGGUACAAAGCCUAAUUUUCCUCAUUGCAAACAUUGUGGAAGGAAGGGACAUCCACCCUUCAAGUGCUGGAAACGGCAAGACCAGCCGUCUGAAUUUCCCCCUUGCAAUCAUUGUGGAAAGAAAGGGUAUCCACCUUUCAAAUGUUGGAAACGAUCAGAUCAAAAGUGUGAGAAAUGCAACAAAAAGGGUCAUCAUCAGAAAAUUUGCAAAAGUGACACUCAACACAUGAAUGCCGCUCAAACAACCAAUCAAGAACAAGAUGAUCAAUUAGCAGUCGAGACUACAGACCUUCCAACUUCUCAAAAACAAAACCUCAGCAAAUUGCUAUAA